AUGUUUAAAUUAAAUAAUUGUAGUGGUGAUGGUAGUGAUGAUGAUAGUAGUUGUGAUGAUGAUAGUAGUUCAAGUAAUGAUGAAACUCAUAUAAAUAAUUCAUCAAGCUCUUAUAGUUGUAAUAGUUUAUUUAAAACAAUUAAACAUAAAGAUUCAGUUAAACAAGAUUGGAUUCAAAUGAUCAAUUCAAUUUCAAAUACAAAAUCAUUAAAAUCAAUAACUUUAAAGAAUUAUUGUAAACUAUUUGAUACUGCAAAAAAUAAUAAUUUAAAUGAAGUUGAUUUAAUUUCAAAUGGAAUUCAAACUAUAAUAAAAUCAUUACCAUAUUUAAAAAGUUUAAAAUUAGUUGACAUUGAUCCACAUAUAUAUCCAUCAAUUGUAUUCUCAACAUUACUUUCAAAUUCAACCUCAACCUCAACCUCAACAACAAAAACCAAAAAUGAUAUUGAAAACUAUUCAAUUAAUACAUUAAUAAUUAAAUCAUCAUUUAUACCAAUUUCAGAAUUAUUAAUUAAUUACCUAUUUAGAGAUUUAUUAUCUUUACCAAUUAAAAAUCAAAAUUAUUUUAAUCAUAUAAAUAAUAGUAAUAAUAAAAUUAGAAAUUUGAAAUUAAUUAAAAAACCAGUUGAUCAUAAAACAUCACAAUUAAUAAUUGAUAAUAUUAAAUAUCUUGAAAAUAAUAAUUUAAUUUUAAAUUUAUAUUCUUUGGAAUUUGUAAUUGAUAUUUCAAAAAUUAAUCAAAUAUUAGAUUUAUUAAACUCAAAAUCACUUUUAUUAAUUAAAGAAUUAAAUUUAAUUUAUAUGGAUAAUCAAGAUGAAAAAAUUGAAAAUAUUAUAUUAUCAUUAAAAUCAAAUUCAAAUAAUAUAAUUAAUAAUAAAGUAAUUAAUUUUAUAAAAUUAUAA